AUGUCCUUCCAACCAAACCCUAGACCAAUCUUCGCAGGCUACAUACCACCAAGAUUAUACACAGAACUCCGAGUCGGCAGCGGCCGCAUCAUCCCCACAGAAUUCAAACCCCCAAACCCAAACGACACCCCACAAUCAUUAUUCCCCCAUUGUCCCAAAGUGACAAUGAGAGAGCGAGUCCACCGAUUCAUCCGUAAAACCCCCGACAACCGCUCCAUCGAGACAGACUUCCUCAUCUACACCGAUGGAGCAUGCUACGACAACGGCAGAAUAAACGCCAAAGCAGGCUGUUCCUUCGUCUUCAACGAUUCCACAUCUGGAUUCGCCCGUUUCGCUCUCGAGUACAAAGGACCGACUGGUCAACAGCACACGCUGACAAACAACCGCGCCGAGCUGCGCGCUGUUAUUGCAGCGCUGCGAUAUCGGGACUGGGCUGCGGAGGGAUUCACUCGGUUGGUUAUUGCUACGGACUCGGAAUAUGUGGUUUAUGGUAUUACGAGCUGGAUUUGGGAAUGGUUGACGUGGAGUUGGGUUACCACUGCUGGGGAACCGGUUCGGAAUCGGGAUCUUUGGGAGUGUCUCCUUGGGGAGGUGGAAAUGUGGCAGGAGAGGGGGUUGACUGUGCAGUUCUGGAGGAUCCCGAGGGAGUGGAAUACCAAGGCGGAUCGGCAUGCUAGAGCUGCUGCCACUAUGGAGAGACAUCAUUUGUUUACUGAUAUUCCUGGUAUCAGUGAUGGUCCUUUUUAG